AAUGGUCGACUCGUUAUGAGUUUGUUAGUAGAGUAAGAGUAGAACGUUGUGUCAAAAUAGUAUUUUCCACUUAGGAUUGCUGAAAAGAAUAAAAUGUCAAUAAUUUUUUUUGAUCUGUGAAGAAACAGUUUAAAAUAAUGCGGUUUUUUGAAAAUAAAAUAUAUAGCACAUUAGUUAAAGUCUUAUAAUUUCCACAUACACCAACUGUCAAUACAAUACGACUUUUGCUGGCAACAAGUGUUUUUCACCGUGCACUGUUUAAAAACGUCAUUUAAACCAAUUAAAAAAAAAGCAAACGAGAAACCGAAAUGGAGAAACAUCAGGAAAGGGUAGCUCCGUUUUCUUCUGAUGAGUGUCCCAACAGUGGCGAGGAUAGCGAAGAAGACGAAGUAAUAGAUUAUAGUCACAAUUCUGUCGUAAACGGAGUUUUGGCGAAUCUAAAUUUACACGGGACGAUUGUUGCGGAUACCCAUUAUUCCAAAGACAACACAGUAAUUUCUAUGUCUGAAGAAACAAAUAAACAACAUUCUUUGAUGUCUGGCUCUAACAUCCAUAAUCAGCCUACUCCACUAGUGCCGAUAAUUAACGUUACACCUCAGUCACCUGGGCUCGUUAAACAUUAUCCUUUGCUUGAUGAGAAUUUGCAACAUCUGCACGACAUAUACGACAAUGUCCAACGUAUUCGAAUGCAAGAUCCGACAUUAAAUUCAUUCGGGUACAGCAACCGCAUGCACCAUCACGAAGAGAUACAUACACAAAGGCUCAGUUGUUCUUGUCCUUCUCUUCAACAUUGGAUUUCACCAGAAGUAGUUGCUCGUCUUCACGAUCAAGACGGCGGAUCUGAACCUGAUCUUCUCACCAAUUGUUCGAACAAUAGUUCACCCACUCACUUUUCUGGAUAUGUGCAUAAUCAUGCUCAAAUACUUCAAUGUAUAGACAGACGGCGAAGUUGGACUGACUUAGAGAAUACAAAGCAGAAUUAUCGUAGAUGUUCUGCUCAGAAUUUUUUUCAAGCUCAAAAUAUGAGACAGCGUAGCGUUAGUUUAAGUAGCCUUGAUGGCGAGGUGGAUUUAGAGCUUGACGGAAAACAUCGUAAAGUUUCCACCAACGUUAGUAAAUGGACUUGUAGGUCACAAGCCAGCACACACUCACUUAAUGAAGCUGAUUUUGUUCAGAGUGCGUUUAAGAAAGGAACAUUAAAAAGGGGUAAUCAGGGAUUAGGCGAGGCAGCGACGUUACUACCGGGAGUUGUCGGCACGCGAGUUACUCUGCAGAAGUCUGUUUCAACACCCUCAAUAGUCACACCACCAGGACCCACCCAUCUUGCCGAUUCCGGAACAUUAACGACUCCUUUAUCAACCACUGGGACAGUUUACGAUGAUCAGCAUUCGGAAAAGGCAAGGAGAAAGCGGGGUUCCCUCUUCUUUCGUAAAAAGAAGGAUAAAAGUGGGAAAAAAAUGACUUCGCAACAUAAUCAUCAGUGGGUGAUCCUAAUGGCAGGAUCUCAGUCGAAUUCGGUGUGUGACUUCUGUAUGAAAAAUUUCGCUCAUAAAUCGAUUCUCCAUUGCGAAAAUUGCGGGGCUAUGAUUCACCAAAAUCAGACGUGUAAAGAUCAAUUACAAUUGGACUGCGUCAAGUCAAAACAACAUUCUGGUAAAGCGGUCUCCAAAUCAUUGUCAAGUGUCUCCAUGAUGACGAACAGCAGUGUUAUAAAACGUGGUUCUACUUCUUCUUUGCCCCUUCCAUCUGUAACUGGAACUGGAAGUCAAACGAUUAACGAAGAAAGGGAUGGAGAUAUCGCUGCGCAUCGUGAUACUUACAGUGGUAACGAGGAAUUUGAUUUUGGUGAAGACGCUCGACAAUUUACUGUGGAUAACCUGGAAGAUUUAGAUCCUGAAUUGGGUCUAGCCGGAGAAGAACCAGAUUCAUGGAGUGCGGCUAUAGGUCGUAAUAUAGCGCUACGUCUAGUUGGUAAUUGUGAACGAGAAGUAAAGAGACAAGAGCACAUUUACGAAUUUGUGUUAACUGAGAAGCAUCAUUGCUUGGUACUACUCGCCAUGGAUAAGAUAUUUGUCGAAGGCCUUCGUCAUCAUUUUCAAAUGACGACCACAGUCAUAGAUCGCAUGUUUCCUAGGUUACGCGACCUAAUAGAAAUUCAUUUACGGUUUUUACUGAAGUUGCGAAGACGACAGAAUACGAAUGCUGUUGUACCAACUAUCGCUGAUAUCCUAAUCGAUCAAUUUUCGAGUGAGAAUGCCUUUCGUAUGAAAAGCACAUAUGGAGAUUUCUGCAGUCGUCACAGGGAUGCCGUCGAGGCAUAUAAAUAUUAUCUGAGGGAGGAUACGCGGUUCGCACGCUUUGUUCGUCAUUGUGAGGCGAAUCCUUUACUUAAGAAAAAAGGUAUUCCUGAGUGUAUCCUCUUCGUCACGCAACGUCUUACAAAGUAUCCUCUGCUCGUUGAGCCACUAAUUAAGACUGGUGUGGCACCUGAAGAAGCUGAUAGUCUUAGAAAAGCUCUGAGCCUUGUUAAAGUGAUUUUGGCAGAUGUCGAUUCCUGUGUCGCUGACAAAGAACGAGAGGAUAGAAAAUUAGAGAUUUAUAAUAGGAUAGAUGCCAAAUCAUAUGCAAUAUACCGUGAUCUAAAAUUCAAAAAGUCCGAUAUUUUGGCAUCGAAUCGAAGUUUACAGUUCGAAGGGACAGCGUACUUAAUGCAAGGGAGAGGAAAAAUGGCCCCAGUUGUUGUUGUAGUUCUUUCAGAUGUGUUGUUUUUUCUGGCUGAAACCAGAGAUCAGAAAUAUGCCUUUUUUGUGCCUGACAAUAAAGCCGGUGUCGUUUCUCUACAAAGAUUGCUGGUCCGUGAAAAGGCCGGGCAAGAAUCUAGAGGAAUUUACCUUAUAAGUAGUAAUCCAUCGGAACCCGAAAUGUUUGAACUGAAGGUUCAAAAGCCCAAAGACAAACAUCUUUGGAUUCAAUCAAUCCGCUCAGCAGUAGAGCUAUGUCCUCAAGAUCAGGAUAAUCGAACUGACACGUCUGCUGACAACUUCAAUGGCAGAAAUAUGACGAUUGUACGUUCCUCUUCUAUAUCAAUGUUACCUUCUGAGGAAAAACUCGUUGCCCAAGCUAAGGAAUCAGAUAUUAAAAAUAUAAUUGAUGAGCUGCGAAAAAAGGAUACAGAACAGGCUUUACUUCUUAAAGAAAAAAUGGAACUCCAAAUGAAACUAUUACAUACGACCAAUGUAUAUAGUGGAAAUGAAAUUGAGGGAGAUAAAAUUGAAAGAGGUGAUAACGAAGUUCCGGAUUACACAAGAUUAGUGCGCAACGAGGGAAUUGAUUCUAUUCAAUUGUGGCAGGAGGUGGUAACAGCCGUACAGGAAGCUACACGUCUUGCUAGUUCCUUAUCGUUCACGGCCGGUGGAGGUACGCUUUCAAGAAGCUUGAGUUCCGCUGGUGAACGUCAUAGCGAAGCUUACGUUCCACCAUCCCUUUGCGUUCCUCGGAGAGCUGAAACAUUUGCGGGCUUUGAUUAUAAUAAGGAACGACAUCCUUGGCGAGAUUCGGUGACACUACAAUCUGUGAUUAUUCAACCAAAAGUGACUGAUUCUUUGACGAGGAAAAGUGAAUUGAAGGAAGACGAGGAGGUUGAACUGAACAAAGAUCAGCAUGAAGUUGCUAUUCAACUUUCCCAUUAUGUGUACACACUACAGUGCAUUAUCAGCAAUCAAAUGACUACAAUUGAAAUCUUACAUGCGCAAUUAGCUGCUUCCAGGGGAGGAAGUGCAAGUAAGUCUUCCAAUAGUAGACCAAACCCCAAUAAACAACUGGAGGAGUUGCGCAAUUUGCAGGAUCAAUUGAGUCGUGAGAAAGCGUCUUUUCGCGCAUCGACUCAACAAGAAAGAAGCAGAUUAGAUGAGGAGCGAGCAGAGCUGAAUAGGCUACGAGAGCAGCUAACCGCUGAUCAACGUGACGUCACCCAACAGCGAGAUCAGUUAUACAGGCGACUUGAAGCACUUGAACGCCAAGGAGUUUCCUUGGUCGCACCGUCAACAGCAGGAGCAGCUUCAAUUCAUCUUUCUCAUUUGAUGCAGGGAGCCGAUCAAACGCAGGGCAGAAAGUCAUCACAAACCGACGCUAAAAGAAUACCGCUGAAUUUAAUCAGUGCAACGAAUCAGCAAAAAGUACAGAGCAGCCUACCACCUGUAAAACAGCAACUGCCUCUUAAGCUCGCCAGCGGGAGCAACAACAACAAUAAUACCAGAUCUGGAAGCGCCCCGAAUAAUGAUAGCCCUGAUAGACACUGUAGAACAGGUAGCAGUCUUCCGAUGGUCACUACUUCAGCCUUUCAUCCUUCUGAGUUUGGAAAAAGUCAUUUAAGUAGUAACCUGAAUCAAUUUCACUUGUCUAAUCGAUUACUCCGGAGCACUCAAUCUCUUUCCGAUUCGUAUCAACAAAUUCAUCAACCACAACAGCAACAACAGUCACGGCAACGGGCAGAACAACCACAAGAAGAGCAAGUAUACUUUCUCUGACGAUUCUUUCGAUUCAUCCGAAAGCAGCCUCGCCUUCCACACGAGUCCGCUGUCGACAUCUCUACUUGUAUAACUGUAACGCCGACGCCUUUACGUAGACGAUCUAAAGAAGCAGAGUCACGAAGUCGCGUUAAGUCUUUUUAAUUAUUAUCUAUAUUUUCGCGUUAAUGAAUACAAGCGGACUUUCAUUAUACUUAUUUAUAUACAGUGAUGAUUUGCGACUAUUCAAGAUCAAAGAAAAGCCUAAAAUUGAAUCCAUUUCAAAUCAUGCAGGCAAAUCAAUCUAAAAUUAUUAGAUUAUUCGAAAGUAAAGUAUUUUUUUUCUAAAGAGAACAUGAGAUUUUUUUUUAUUAUUUCACAGUUGCAAAGAAAAUUCAUUCCAUCAAUUUUAUGAAGAGGAUACGAGUAUUAAUUUUGUAUUCACAUUUCCUUCUUAAGUUUGAUAUUUUUAUUUGUUUCUUUCUCUAAUAUGGAUACUAAAUUCAUCUGCAGAACUUUUGGAACUAGCUUAUAUCCAUACAGUUCAUGGAAAAAAUGGCACACUUCACUUUUCAGUUAUGUAAUGAUGCUGGAUUGUUCUUCUAAACUCUUACUACAUAGAGUUUGGUCUCCUUAUAUUUUAAUUUUUGACAUAUAUUUCAUACUUGUCUGUAUGUACGUAUGUCUGUAUGUAUGUAUGUAUGUAUGUAUGGAAAAAUGUAUGUAAUAUGUAUGCAUAUGAAACUGUAUUAAUUGGUAGAGUGGGUUUAAUUGUACAUUAUGCCAUUCUAGCGCUACGUUAUUAUUUCUUAUUAGACUGUUUAUUUUUCUUCUACUCUUUUGAUUCAUGGGCGUUAAAAUCUUAUUUACUAUAGUGUCAUGCUAGAAACAUUUUAGAUAUUUAAUCAAAAAUAAAAAGACUAAAAGUAUAUGAACUCACAAAAAUAGUUUGCCGAAAGUAUUAUGGCUAUCGUAAAAAAUGUAUACAGGCCAAUCCCGUUGUUUCUUUCUUUGUUAAAUGAUACACGUACUGAAUGUUCUGAGCAUAUGAAAUUUUACAUAGACGUUUUAAGGCAACCCAUUACUGCUCAGUAGAGUAAUAUCAAUGGAGACUACUUAAAAAAUCUAUUAGGAAAUAAGUUCUAAACAAGUUCUUAGACUCAACGAAUUUUAGUGAACUUAGCCCCCCAUUCCAUUUUCGACGCUACGUGCACCGAAUUUUUUUUUUGCGAAAAUAUUGCCGAAUUGAAAAUAAAAAUCGAAAUUUAAGCUCUAUGCAAUUAUCUAUAAUGUUGUUCAAAUCCAAUGUGUACCAUAUUAUUAUAAACUUCUUUUAUCAAGAUAAUUUAAA